UUUUAAAUACCAAUCAUUUAUAAGGCCACGUGCUUUGGAGGCGCGAGAUUAAGAGACAAACUUGCGGAUCCACCGUAGUGAGUUUGGUCAAACACCAGGAGCUGGCCAUUGGGGAGAGCUUAGUUGACUUUUUCUGUACAGUCUGAUGGGAAAAAGUCAGAGUGAAGUGCGGCAGGGCAACUAGAGUUCAAUUUUAUAUUGUGGGUUGGGGAGCACAUGAUUAGGAUUUCUUUAAUCUCUUCUCUUGAGUUUUGUUUUGACUGUUGGAAAUGCCUUGAGACUGCUUCAUUUAGUCUGAAGUUUCUCCUAUAUUUCUUUUCAGAUCUCUGAUUCGUUUCUCCAUGUAAUCACUACUUCUGCGUUUCCCUUUCUUUUUCAAGAAGUUCAAAGUAUUUUCUCCUCCAUGCAAAAGUUGUUACAGAAAGCACAUUAAACUUUGUUCCUUGCUUUCAUCUCUAUCAGUUUCUGUUUGAUUAGAAACAAAAAGCUUUCUCUUUUGCAUGCUUUUCUGAUGAGGUUUGCAGCACAGUUUUGAGUUUAAGCUUUAAGAACAUGAAGAAUUCCUGGGUUUCUCUCUCUUUUUGGUUUCCUGCUUUCAUUUUUGCUGUUAUCUUUCCAGUUUCAACAGGGCAACUUCCUCCAAGCGAAACCAGAAUUCUAUUUGAGAUUCAAAAACUUCUUGAGUAUCCCGUUGCUCUUCAGGGAUGGUCAAACUGGACCAACUUCUGCUAUUUACCUCCUUCUUCUUCACUCAAAAUUGUCUGUUCUGGUAAUCACAUAACAGAAUUAACUGUCAUUGGAAACAAAAGCUCUCCUUCCAAAGCCCCAAAAUCAGUUUCUGUGAGUUCCAUCCCUUAUCCGCAGACUCUUUCAAAUAGUUUCUCCAUUGAUUCCUUCUUUACUGUUCUCACCAAGCUUUCAAACCUGAGAGUCUUAUCAUUGGUGUCUUUGGGAUUGUGGGGUCCUUUUCCUUCCAAAGUUAAUAGGCUCUCGUCUUUGGAAGUGCUUAACAUAAGCUCAAAUUUUAUCUAUGGAGGCAUCCCUACAACAAUCUCAAAACUUCAUAGUCUCAAGAGCCUUGUUUUGGCUGACAAUUUGCUCAAUGGAAGUGUUCCAGAUCUUAGAGGGCUUGCAGUUCUCGAAGAGCUGAAUUUAGGACAAAAUAAACUAGGACAAAAAGCACCUUCUCUGGGGGAAACUGUUGUAAUCAUCAUACUGAGGAAAAACUUAUUCAGAUCUGAAAUCCCCUCAAGAAUCUUGGAACUCAAUAAACUUCAGCUAUUAGAUAUCUCCUACAAUAAGUUUCUUGGCCCAAUCCAUGCUUCUCUUUUCUCUCUACCUGCAGUUCAGUAUCUCAACCUAGCUUAUAACCAAUUAAGUGGGGCACUCUCGGUUAACACAACUUGCAACAGAAACCUUAAGUUUGUAGACAUUUCACACAACCUCUUGAUAGGAAAAUUACCUUCUUGCAUCAGACCAAAUUCUUCAAAUCGCACAGUGAAUAUUUCUUGGAACUGCUUGUCAAGUGGAAGCUCGAAGGACCAGCAUACUUAUUCCUACUGCCAUAAGGAAGCAAUGGCUGUGGAGCCUCCAAGUGACUCACAGAAACAGAAACUUAGCACCAAACUGGGUCUCAUGCUUGCCAUCAUUGGAGGCGUUGUUGGAAUUUCAGGUGUUGUUCUGUUAUUAAUUUAUGUAAUAAUCCGAAACAGAAGAAGAUUUGGAGAGACCAAAUAUGAGAAAUCUACUGCGGAUAAACUCUCUGUUCGCGGCUCUCCACUUCCCAACAGACGUGUACCCCAGACAAGGCUACCAGCACUUGGGCUGCCUCCAUACCGGGUCUUCACAUUGGAUGAGAUCGAAGACAUCACAAAAAACUUCGACCCAUCAAGCUUGGCUGCCGAAGAACCCCAAGCAAAGACAUAUAAAGGGCGGCUGCCUGAUGGUUCCGUGGUCCUGGUCAAGUGCUUUAAACUUAAGCAAAAACUCAUACCUCAAGCCUUAGCGCGGCACAUAGAAGAACUGCCAAAUCUGAGGCAUCGGCAUUUGGUUAGUGUUCUUGGACACUGCACUUUCACUCAUCAAGAUCAAGUGAACCCAGCUAGUACUGUCUUCAUUGUUGAUGAAUACAUAUUCAACGGCUCAUUGAAGGAUUGUCUUACAGAUUGGAAAAGGAAGGAUGCUUUGAAAUGGCCACAGAGAAUGGGAAUAACCAUCGGCAUUGCCAGAGGAAUACAGCAUCUCCAUACUGGAAUGGCGACUGGCAUCUUUGGGAACGAUAUCAGGAUCGAUAAUAUUUUGUUGGAUGAGACGCUGAGUGCAAAAAUAAGCAAUUACAACAUCCUCAUGCCACUAAAGAAUGCAGAGAGCGGGUUGAAUGUAACAAAAAGAAGUGAGAAUCCUGAGAAGGAAGAUAUCUUUCAAUUUGGUGCUAUUUUGCUGCAAGUUAUCAAUGGCAGACCGAUCACAGCGACUAGGGAACUGGAUGAUCUGAAGAGUGAGUUUGAAAGUGGCUUGGCAGAAGUAUUGAAAUUACGGGGCGUAAUUGAUCCUUCGAUUCAGGGUUCUUUUGCAUUUGAUUCACUGAAAACCACAAUUCAAAUUGCCAUCAACUGCCUCAGCAAAGAUCCAAACAAGCGACCUUCGAUUGAAGAUGUACUCUGGAAUUUGCAGUAUUCAAUGCAAGUUCAAGAAGGAUGGACAAGUAGUGGAAACCUUGGAACUUUCACAUAGAUCAAAAUCAGUCCAUGAGGGGAAGGGAUAAAUGUAACUACAGUUUACAAAUAUACUGCUCAUAUUAUACCUUCCCGAACUUUUCUUAAAUUUCAAAAGCCCCUGUACAAGUAGGCAAUAAAGUUUUCUAUGCAAAAUGAAACCGUCACCUCUACAUUAGCA